AUGGCUUUGAAACUGAUCAAACUCGCUUCCUUCAAAGCCGAAAACCCAACUGAACUCUCUCUGAGGCAAGCCUUUGAGCUUCUUGAACCGAAACUCAGACCCCCAUUUGCAUUAAGGCUCCUAAACCCAGAAGAAUACAAUCUGCUCAUUAAGGCCAUACUCUAUGGGGUUUUAUGUGAACCCCAUUUGGCCAAAACCCAUUUUAAGCACUUACAUGCCAUUGUCUCUGAUGGGUAUGGCUUGUUUGUUAGUUCAGUUGUUCAGGUUGUGAAUGAGUUAUAUGUGAAUCUUGUUGAGCCAGUCAAGUUCCAAUUGAUUAGUGUUGCCAUUGAGAUGAUUGAUGUUCAGGCCGUUGGAGUUCAUGGGUUGUUGGUUUGUUUGUUGAGGCAAAUUGUUGGUGGGGACUUCAGUGACGGAAAUCUGUGGUUGUGUUUUGAGUUGGUGAGCAUUUUUUUGUCCAAAUGGAAUUAUCUGUUAGAAGUCGAACCCAUGAUUUUGACUAGCGGGUUGUAUACGUUUCUGCGGUUAUUAGCUGAUCAUUGUAGGCUUUCAAGUAAUCCAAAAUUGGAGGCAUUGAAGCAUUUAGAGAUUGAGUUUUGUGUUAGACUUUUAAGGGAGCAGUUUUCUUUGUGUUUGAAGAUUGGGAAGGAUCUUGUUCGGCUCUUACAAGAUUUGGUUCAUUUACCCGAGUUUAGAGCUAUAUGGAAAGGCUUAGUCUUGAAUCAGGGGGAGUUUAAGACUCCCACAUUGUUUGAUAUUUCACAGCUGUAUUACACAGCGACUCCAGGUUGGUAUGCUUUGCUUCGGAUUACUCCAGAAAUCGAGACCCAAUUGCGGUUUUUACUCAGUUAUGUCAAAUUGGGGAGCCAGAAACUUUACCAGGUAUGGUUUGCUAAGAAAUUCCUAAGUGAACCACAUAGAGAGACUUUGAUCAUUGACAUUGUUCGUUUUAUUUGUUGUGCACACCACCCACCAAAUGAAAUUAUUCAAUCUGAUGUCAUUCCAAGAUGGGCCGUUAUUGGUUGGCUAUUAAAAUCGUGCACGAGGAGUUCUGUUUCAGCCAGUGUGAAACUGGCUCUUGUUUACGAUUGGCUUUUCUUUGACGAAAGCGUAGACAGUGUUAUGAAUAUUGAGCCUGCAAUGUUAUUGAUGGCAUAUUCUAUUCCAAGGUACAUUGAUGUAACUCACACGCUCCUUGAAUUUUUGUUUCUUCUUGUGGACAACUAUGAUGUGAAUCAUCAUGAUAUUAUUGUUAAAGGCGUAUUAUCAUCAUUUAGUGUACUGGUGAAGAAAGGAGUGAUUCACUCACUUGAUGUCUUGACCUGUUGUGAUUCACUUACUCCUAUCUUGAGAAAAAGACUUGGUAGCUUUUUGCCUGGUAAAUAGCAACAAAUGGACCCUGCAUAUCCUAUGAUCUUCAACGUUCCUCAAAGCUGGCUAUACUACUUCCAGUCCCUAUUGGUGAAGAUAUACCAGUUGGAGAGUUGUUUUGUUGCUGGAGCUUGCAUACAGGCACUGGACAUAG